CGGGGUAGGGGAGGUGUCCUCGGGCCCGCGGGUGCCGCUUCCUCCGGAGCGGGGCGGAGCGGGCGGGGGGCGGUGGCGGCGGCGGCCCCGGCGCCGGGAGGGACACCGCCCCGCCGCGGGCAGGGGAGUUCACCCAGAGCCGUGCUCUUCCGCAGGGCGCGUAGCUGAGCGCGGGGCGGCUCCGGCGGCUCCGGGGCGCUGGUGAUGAGGGCGCGGAGCAGAGCGGGCUGAAGGCGAGGCGGCGAUCAUGACGGUGUUCAGGCAGGAGAACCUGGAGGAGCACUACGAGACGGGCGAGGACCUCGGCAGUGGGCAGUUUGCAGUAGUGAAAAAAUGCCGUGAGAAAAGCACUGGCCAGCAGUUUGCAGCAAAAUUCAUCAAGAAACGAAGAACGAAAUCCAGCCGGCGCGGGGUGAGUCGGGAAGAUAUCGAGCGAGAAGUCUGCAUACUAAAAGAGAUUCGACAUCCUAAUGUGAUCACCCUGCAUGAUGUUUAUGAGAACAAAACAGACGUCAUUCUUAUUCUGGAGCUUGUUGCAGGUGGAGAGCUCUUCGACUUCUUAGCCGAGAAAGAAUCUCUCACAGAGGAGGAAGCCACAGAAUUUCUCAAACAGAUACUUAAUGGUGUUCAGUAUCUCCACUCUCUGCAAAUUGCCCACUUUGAUCUUAAGCCUGAAAACAUAAUGUUGUUGGACAGGAAUGUACCAAAGCCUCGAAUCAAGAUUAUUGAUUUUGGUUUAGCACACAAAAUUGACUUUGGAAAUGAAUUCAAAAAUAUCUUCGGAACGCCGGAGUUUGUUGCUCCUGAAAUAGUAAAUUAUGAGCCUCUUGGUCUUGAAGCAGAUAUGUGGAGCAUCGGUGUAAUAACUUAUAUUCUACUAAGUGGUGCAUCACCAUUCCUUGGAGAAACAAAACAGGAAACAUUAGCAAAUGUGUCUGCUGUGAAUUAUGAAUUUGAAGAAGAGUUCUUCAGUAAUACCAGCGCGCUAGCUAAAGACUUUAUACAAAGACUUCUAGUCAAGGAUCCAAAGAAGAGAAUGACUAUUCAAGAUAGUUUGCUGCAUCCUUGGAUCAAGCCUAAAGACACCCAGCAAGCACUUAGUAGAAAAGCAUCUGCAGUGAAUAUGGAGAAAUUCAAAAAGUUUGCAGCACGACGGAAAUGGAAAGGAAACAUCAGUGCCUUUAGGAGUGAAAAAGGAGGAAGAAGAAACCCAUUCCUCUGUCAUUUGGAAUAUGGUGGUAUGGGAGAAGACUUCUUUCAAUCAGUGCGCUUAAUAUCCUUGUGCCAAAGAUUAUCGAGAUCUUUCUUGUCCAGAAGUAACAUGAGUGUCGCUAGAAGUGAUGAUACUCUGGAUGAGGAAGAUUCUUUUGUAAUGAAAGCUAUUAUUCAUGCCAUCAAUGAUGACAAUUUUCCUGGAUUACAGCACCUUCUGGGAUCUCUGACAAAUUACGAUGUCAAUCAACCCAACAAGCAUGGAACACCUCCGCUACUGAUUGCUGCUGGCUGUGGAAACAUUCAGAUGCUUCAGUUGCUUUUAAAGCAUGGAUCCCGUAUUGAUGUUCAAGAUAAGGCUGGAUCCAAUGCAAUCUAUUGGGCUUCUCGACAUGGUCAUGUAGAAACACUGAAAUUUCUUGAUGAUAAUAAAUGUCCUUUGGAUGUUAAGGAUAAGUCUGGGGAGACCGCUCUCCAUGUCGCAGCUCGGUAUGGGCAUGUGGAUGUGGUUCAGUUUCUCUGUAGCAUUGGAUCCAAUCCAAACUUUCAAGACAAGGAGGAAGAAACCCCACUGCAUUGUGCUGCUUGGCACGGCUACUACUCUGUUGCCAGAGCACUCUGUGAAGCAGGUUGCAAUGUGAACAUUAAAAACAAAGAAGGGGAGACUCCGCUUCUGACAGCAUCUGCUAGAGGUUACCAUGAUAUAGUGGAAUGCUUGGCAGAACAUGAGGCUGAUCUUCAUGCAACAGACAAGGAUGGUCAUAUAGCCUUACACCUUGCUGUGAGAAGAUGUCAAAUAGAAGUAGUUAAAACUCUCAUCAGUCAAGGAUGUUUUGUAGAUUUCCAAGACAGACAUGGCAACACUCCCCUGCAUGUGGCCUGCAAAGAUGGGAAUGUUCCUAUUGUGAUGGCACUCUGUGAAGCAAGUUGUAAUUUGGAUGUCACUAAUAAGUAUGGAAGAACACCUUUACAUCUGGCAGCAAACAAUGGCAUUCUUGAUGUUGUCCGUUUCCUGUGUCUAACUGGGGCCAAUGUAGAAGCUUUAACUUCUGAUGGGAAAACAGCAGAAGAUCUUGCCAGAGCAGAGCAGCAUGAACAUGUAGCCAGUCUGCUUGCAAGACUUAAAAAGGAUGCUCACCGGGGAAUUUUUAUCCAGCAACUGCGACACACACAGAAUCCACAGCCCCGGAUCAAACUGAAGUUGUUUGGACACUCAGGUGCUGGAAAAACAACCCUCGUGGAGUCUCUCAAAUGUGGCCUGAUACGAAGCUUUUUCCGAAGACGAAGGCCUAGGCUCUCGUCCACAAACUCGACCAGAUUUCCCCCAUCUCCUUUGUCAUCCAAACCCUCAGUUUCAGUAAGUAUUACAAAUCUUUAUCCUGGUUGUGAGAAUGUGAGUGUGAGAAGCCGUAGUAUGAUGUUUGAGCCGGGCCUAACCAAAGGAGUAUUAGAAGCUUUCGUUUCACCUGCUCAUCACUCUCACUUACCUGCUGAUGACCAGUCCACCAAGGCCAUUGAUAUUCAGAAUGCCUAUUUGCAUGGAGUUGGUGAUUUCAGCAUCUGGGAGUUUUCUGGGAAUCCUGUGUACUUCUGCUGUUAUGAUUAUUUUGCUGCAAAUGAUGCCACAGCAAUUCACAUAGUGCUUUUUAGUCUCGAGGAGCCUUACGAAAUCCAGUUAAACCAAGUGACCUUUUGGCUCAGUUUACUGAAAUCGUUAGUCCCAGUUGAGGAGCCAAUAGCAUUCGGUGGAAAGCUGAAAAGUCCGCUGCGUGUUGUUCUGGUUGCCACACAUGCUGACAUAGUGAAUCUUCCUCGGCCUGCUGGGGGAGAGUUUUGGUAUGACAAAGAUAUGUCAUUGUUGAAAGAAGUAAGGAACAGAUUUGGAAAUGAUCUUCAAAUUUCAGAAAAGUUAUAUGUGUUGGAUGCUGGAGCAUCUGGGUCUAAAGAUAUGAAGCUUCUCCGAAAUCACUUGCAAGAAAUAAGAAGCCAGAUAAUUUCUAGUUGCCCACCUAUGACUCAUCUGUGUGAAAAAAUAAUCUCCACACUGCCUUCAUGGAGAAAAAUGAAUGGACCCAACCAGCUGAUGUCGUUGCAGCAGUUUGUAUACGAUGUAGAGGAACACCUUAAUCCCCUAGCAAGUGAAGAUGACCUACGGCAUAUUGCACAGCAGUUGCACAGCACAGGAGAGAUUAACAUUAUGCAGAGUGAAACUGUCCAAGAUGUUGUGCUUCUGGAUCCUCGCUGGCUCUGUUCAAAUGUCCUUGGAAAAAUCCUGUCAGUGGAGAACCCAAAAGCUCUCCAUCACUAUAGAGGUCGGUACACUCUAGAGGAUAUCCAGCGUCUGGUGACAGAUAGUGAUGUGGAAGAACUGAUACAGAUUUUGGAUGCAAUGGAUAUUUGUGCAAGGGACCUUAGCAGUGGAGCAAUGGUGGAUAUUCCUGCUCUCAUAAAGACUGACAAUCUCCACAGGUCUUGGACAGAUGAGGAGGAUGAGGUGCUGAUUUAUGGUGGUGUUAGAAUCGUUCCUGUGGAACAUCUUACCCCAUUUCCUUGUGGAAUUUUUCAUAAAGUUCAGGUGAAUCUCUGCAGGUGGGUUCAUCAGCAAAGCACAGAGGGAGAUGCAGAUAUACGUCUAUGGGUAAAUGGAUCAAAGAUUAUGAAUCGUGGAGCUGAGCUUUUAGUGCUGCUGGUCAACCAUGGUCAGGGUAUAGAGGUUCAAGUUAGAGGACUGGAAACAGAGAAGAUCAAGUGCUGUUUACUUCUGGAUUCUGUAUGCAGCACCAUUGAUAAUUUAAUGGCCACAACUUUACCAGGCCUUCUGACUGGGAAAUACUACCUUAGUCCUCAGCAGCUGAGGGAACAUCAUGAACCAGUAAUGGUCUACCAGCCUAGAGACUUUUUCCGUGCACAGAGUCAAAAAGAGACAUCACUAACUAACACUAUGGGGGGAUAUAAAGAGAGCUUUAGCAGUAUACUGUGUUUUGGGUGUCUUGAUGUGUACUCCCAGGGAAGCCUAGGAAUGGAUAUUCAUGUUUCUGAUCUAAAUCUACUUACCAGGAGAAAACUAAGUCGACUUUUGGAUCCACCUGAUCCUAUGGGGAAAGAUUGGUGCCUUCUGGCCAUGAACCUAGGCCUCCCUGAUCUUGUUGCAAAGUACAAUACAAAUAAUGGAACACAAAAUGACUUUAUCUCGAGCCCAGUCCAUGCUCUCCUGCAGGAGUGGAGUAAUGCUCCCGAGAGCACUGUAGGUAUCCUAAUGUCUAAGCUGAGGGAAUUAGGUCGCAGAGAUGCAGCAGAUUUUUUACUGAAGGCAUCUUCUGUAUUCAAAAUAAAUUUAGAUGCUAAUGGUCCAGAAGCUUAUGCUUCUAGUUGCAACAGUGGCACUUCUUAUAACUCAAUUAGCUCUGUAGUGUCACGGUAAAAGCAGGUGUUUUGCAUGGACAUACUUUCAAACUGCAGAAAGGAUAAGAGAUACAGUACAAAAGGUUCUGUGCAUUUUAGUUUAUGAGCUCUUACAUCAAAGGAUCAUUAUCCUUCUCUAGCACCACCUUUUGUGCAUAAACUUUCUACUUCUAACUGUGAAUUGUUGCUCUUUAUCUAUUAAAAAGGCUGGUGUACUUCUGGUGUUU